AAAGUUUAAGAAAGAAUUCAACAAAGAAAAGAAAAGUAGUUCACUUUAUACACUGAGAGCUUUGUAGACUGAGCUUUAAUGGCGACAAUUUGUGUUCUUAUCAAAAGGGAAUGUUGGUUUUCCUGUACCAUCAACAUACACUCACAUAGUUGCAGGUAUUGAUGCUUUCACCCACUGUUGUUCUCUCUCUAAAACACUCACAUUUUCUCACUCUAACCCAUCAUUCAUCCAUGGAAGAAGGAUGGGUUUUAGCUUCUCAGACCUGUAAAAUCCCUAAUUUACUGUUUAUCUCACUGUUAUGGGUGAUGCUGUUGUGUUUAUCAAAACCCUUUUCUGUUUAUGCUGUUUCUGUGUAUAAUGCAUAUGAUGUGCUUGAGAUUGGUCCUGAUGUUUAUGCACAAGAUAGGGCUUCACUUUUGUUGUUCAAGUCAAAGCUCAAAGACCCAAAUCAAAGCUUGUCAAGCUGGGGUGUUAAUGGGUCUAAAUGCAGUAACUGGACAGGACUCACAUGCUUUAACCUAACUGGUCAUGUCAUGUCCCUCAACCUCACUCACAUGAACUUGUCAGGCCAAGUUCAUCCCAGUUUGUGCAACCUCUCAUCUCUUGAAACCCUAGUUUUGUCACACAACAACUUUAGUGGUUCAAUUUUGCCUUGUUUUGGGGCAUUUAAGAACCUAAAAACCCUAAAUCUUAGCCAUAACAUGUUUAGUGGUGUUGUUCCAAACACACUCAUGGGGCUUAAGAAGCUGAGUGUGCUUGCUCUCAAUGCUAACAAAGAUUUGAAUGGUGUUGUUCCACCCUGGAUUGGGAAUUUCUCCACCACACUUGAAAAACUCUAUUUGGGUUUCAAUUCGUUUUACGGAGAGAUUCCCGAGAGCUUGUUUUACUUGAAGUCACUCAAACAUUUGGAUUUAUCCCAUAAUUCUUUGACUGGAAAUCUUUGCGAUUUUUAUCAAUCUUUGGUUCAUCUCAAUUUGGAGUCGAAUUUUCUUUCGGGUACUUUACCUUGCUUUAUGGAAUCCCACAAAUCGCUUUCAAUUCUCAAUUUAGCUAACAACUCUAUUGUGGGAGGAAUUCCCAGUUGUAUUUCAUCUCUUCGAGCACUAACCCAACUUAAUCUGUCAUUCAAUGGGUUGAAAUAUGGGAUUUCUCCAAGACUUGUGUUCUCGGAUAAACUCAAUGUCUUGGACUUGAGUUUCAAUGAUUUAUCUGGGCGUCUUCCGAGUAAAAUUGCCGAGACAUCUGAGAAGUCAGGGCUUGUUCUUCUUGACCUAUCACACAACCAAUUCUUAGGUGAAAUUCCCACAACAAUUACAGAGUUGAAAAGCUUGCAGGCAUUGUUUCUUUCCCACAAUUCUCUUACUGGUGAGAUCCCGGGGAGGAUUGGGAAUUUGACCUAUCUCCAAGUGAUUGAUCUGUCUUACAAUUCAUUAUCAGGGUCGAUUCCGUUGAACAUUGUUGGUUGCUUCCAGCUACAAGCAUUGGUACUAAAUAACAACAAUCUUUCUGGUCAAAUUCAGCCAGAGCUUGAUGCCUUAGAUGGCUUGAAGAUACUUGAUGUGAGCAACAACAAGAUUUCUGGCGAGAUCCCUCUGACUUUGGCAGGCUGUAAAUCGUUGGAGGUUGUGGAUUUCAGCUCUAACAAUCUGUCAGGAGCUCUGAAUGAUGCAAUUACAAAAUGGUCGAACCUCAGGUUUCUUUCUCUUGCUCGGAACAAGUUCAGUGCAGCUCUACCCAGUUGGCUCUUCUCCUUUCAAGCAAUCCAAACAAUGGACCUCUCUGGCAACAGGUUCUCUGGCUAUAUACCAAACGGUAACUUCAAUAUUAGUUUAAAUUUCAACAAUGGUGACAUUAGCAGAACAACCCUGAGAGAGCCAUUGGCAGCACUGCAAAAUAUAGAGAUAAAAUUCUCCGUCAUUGUUGCUAAUAACAAUGAAUUGAGCUUCAAUUAUGAUCUUUCUUCAAUGCUUGGAAUUGAUUUAUCUGAUAAUUUGCUACACGGGGAGAUUCCACAGGGGCUGUUUGAAUUACAUGGUUUAGAGUACCUGAAUUUAUCUUACAAUUUUCUUGAUGGUCGAAUUCCAGCGAGUUUGGAGAAGAUGUCGAGUUUAAGAGCCUUGGACUUGUCACACAAUUCAUUAUCGGGUCAGAUCCCUGGGAACAUGUCUGGCCUCGGAAAUUUGGCACUCUUGAAUCUGUCCUAUAACUGUUUCUCUGGAGUUGUCCCCAACAAGCAAGGUUUUUGGAGGUUUCCGGGAGCAUUUGCUGGUAAUCCGGACUUGUGUGUGGAAUCCUCUGUUGAAGGGUGUCGGACGAAAAACGUUCCAGCAGUGCCAGGGAAGACGUUUGAAGAAGAAAUGGAGGGACCGGUUUCAGUUUGGGUGUUCUGUGUAAGUGCUUUUGUUAGUUUCUACUUUGGUGUUGUUGCUCUCUUUUGCUCUGCUCGAACAAGACAAUACAUUCUCCAAACAAAAGUUUAAUGGUGUAUAGGUAUGAAAAUGAAAACCUACCACUGUACAAUCCAAUUUCUCUUUUUAUUGCCUAGUUUUCUUGUCAAAAUUAAGUUCAUUUUUCUCUGUAUGAGAGGAUGUGCUUCUCUCAAAUUCUCUCCUGUUUGCUAAUAUGUAUAACAUCAGUAAAAAACAUUUUCUCGGUAACAA